CUCGAGGAACAACAAACCCACAGCAGAGAGAGAGAGAGAGAGAGAGAGAGAGACGAGGUCAUGGAGUUGCGAGAGAAAGAUGACCAGAAAGCCCUGAAGAGUCAGACCCCUGCACCCAUUAUUCCUGAUCUGAAGAAAGUGAGCCCGAGAGUGAGCACCAGCAGCAGCGCUCGUUUCGGCACAUUCAGUCAUCACUCGUUUUUCUCCAGACACAACCCUCAUCCUAACAGGGUCAAACACAUAUCAGGUUUGAACGGAAGCCCGGUGUGUAUUGUGAAUGAUGAUUGGUACAGCAACACUCCUCUCUUCCCACAUCCACUGAUCAGGAGUCAGGUGACGUCCGGCGCUACACACACGUCCACUUCGCUCCCGUAUCACAUCACUUACCCGCGAGCUGACGGAGCCAAGCCAGGUGCAGUUUUGAUUUCUGAAGCGUGGAGAGAGGAGCUGAAGGACCUGGCGACUAAAGUCAGUCUCUCAGCUGCAGCUAAAAGAGCUGAACACGAGAUCAUCAGAGAGGAGGAGCCAAUGCGCAGGAAGACCCAGUACUCGUCUGAAACGGGUCGCAUCAUUCCUCCGACAUCCUGGAGAACCAAACGCCGUGACCUCCAAACUCAAAAUUCACGUCCAGGAACUAACAGACCUCAGGCUUCACAGAUACAACCAGGAACCACCAACCUGGAGGGGCAGGAACUCAGGGUGUUGGAGCUGUUGUGUCAGAUCCUGCAGACGGACUCGCUGUCUCUGGUGCAGCAGUGGCUUCUUCUGGCUGGAGAGCCAGAGAAACAGCUAGUUCUCGGGAUGCUCCAGCAGGCCAUGUGUGACUCCUCGGCUCUCCUUCAGCAGCCACAGUUCCCCAUCACGGGUCAAACCGAGGCUCCGCUUCAGACACGCCGCAAACGCCGCAUGAGGAGUGUGUGUUCAGCUGAAGAGACGGAGAAAGAGAAAGCAGUUAAAGAGAAACCAGAGCGGAUCGGAGAUGCUGAAGUCUUGCGUGUUCGACCAGAUGAGAACGAAAACCUCAACGAUUCUGCAAGCCAAGAAGAACAGAGUCACUAACACAAACACACACACACACACACACACACACACACACACAAUUAUUAUUAGUUUUUGAAGUAGAUAUGAACCAGUGAUUAGUUGUAGGAUGAACCACAACACUCCUCACCUUUAACACUUCUAUAUAAUCCUCUAUAAUCUAUAGCUAUAAUCACAUCCCCUUGUUCACUUGGACAGUAGGGCACCUAUGUAGUGAAUGUGUUCAAGUAGACUAAGUGCUAAUGAUUUGGUAAAACAUGACUUAAUGCUGACUCCCUUAUUCUCUUCUGUAAAAU